AUAUUUGACGUUUAAAAAUUGGAAACGAAACCACUCGCUCCUCCUCAUCCAAUUCCCAGCAACUUCCUCUAAAACCCUAAUUAUUUCCUUUUCCGCCCGCUCUCUGUCGGCGAUCUUCAUCGGCCUCGUGGUUCCCCUUCUGUUCAUGACGUAGUGCCCGCGUUCUUCUGUGGAUCCCUUCUCUAGUGCUGGUUUAGUGUUCUUCUUGCACACUUUUUGUUCUCGGAUUCGCUUUAGGGAUUAGGGUUGGUCGGACUGCAGCGUACUUAAGGCACACACGGUUUGGGAUCUGGAUGGACCCUAAGAGCAAUACGCCAUCGAUCCAGGGGCUACGGUGGCCUCAGCCCUGUCAUAUGGUAGGUGACAACGGCUCCACGCCUGGGACUGUGAGGAACUUGCGCACGAAUGACCUGGGAGGAGUGAUCUUUGGCUGCAAGAAUGUGACGAUGAAGGAAUGUCUUGCCAAGCAAUUAUUUGGCUUGCCGUAUGCUCAUUUCUCUUAUGUGUGCAAAAUUGGCCCGGGUCUACCCUUGUUUCUGUUCAAUUAUUCUGAUAAGUCAAUGCAUGGCAUUUUUGAGGCUGCAAGUUAUGGCCAGAUGAACAUUGACCCUUAUGCUUGGACGGAAAAUGGGACUGAGAGAACUCAAUUUCCAGCUCAGGUUCGUGUGCUUACCAAGACACCUUGCGAGCCUCUCUCAGAAAAACAAUUCAUGACUGUAAUUCAGAGCAAUUAUUAUAGUCAAAAACAUUUUUGGUUUGAACUGGAUCAUGCACAAGCAAACAACUUGAUGCUUUUAUUCAAACCUUUAUCAGUUCCAGCCAAUUUCAUGAAAGCUUCCUUUUCCUCUGACAAGACCAAUUUGCUGUCAGCAUUAGUGACUACGAAAUGGAAGAGAAUUGACGGCCAGGAGAAUACAGACAAAAUUGGUGAUGAAAUAGAGAGAAAAUAUUCUCCUGAACUUAGAAAAAUGGAUAAGUUUGAAUCAAUUGAUUUUGGCAAUUAUGAAAAACUUGAUAAUGCAAGAAAGGCAUUAUCCAAUGUUCAGUACGAGGGGGAUAUUGAAGAAAAAAUAAUGGAUUUGGAUGACAAUGUUCAGGAGCAUUAUUUGAUUACUAACCUUCACUUGGCUGGAGAAAAUCCCUUACUGGAUCAACAAUCCAAGGAUGAAGCAUCAUUUCCCAACUUGGAGAAAGUUUUGCAUGAGCCUAAAAUGAUUUCAAUUGAUCAUGCAUCUUCAAGUUUGUCUUUGAAAGAUUGUAAAAUUGACGAUCCUGUUCCAUGUAUAUUUCCUGAAACGUGCAAAAGGAAUAUUUUGUUACCACCUAGUAUGGAAGAAAAUAGAUCUACAUCUGACCUGCAAGUAAAUACUGAGUUGGUAGAAAUCAUCAAAAGAUUGACAGCAAGGACUGAGGAAUUGGAGAAAAAACAGGCUGAAUCAAAUAAAGAAUUGCAACAACUAAGGGGUGAUGUCAAGGAAUCCGAGAGGAUGGUUCAGGGAUUACGAGAUCAAAUUAAUACACUUGAGUCCAGACUUCACUCUUCUAUGUUGCAAGGAGUUACAUAUAUGGAGGAGUGUCCAGAACAUGAAAAAGUCAUUUACCUUAUUGGCGGUUAUAAUGGUAGCUCUUGGUUGUCAACAUUUGAAUCUUUUUCUCCAUUUAAUGACAAACUAGUUCCUCUAAAACCAAUGAGCUCUGCACGUUCAUAUGCUUCUGUUGCAACAUUGGAUGAUAAUAUCUUUGUUUUGGGUGGUGGUGAUGGCAAUUUGUGGUAUAAAACAGUCGAGUGUUACAAUCAUAGGAAAAAAGAGUGGACAUCAUGUCCUGAACUGAUUCGUCCAAAAGGGAGUCUUGCUAGUGCUACUUUAGACCAUAAGAUAUAUGCUAUUGGAGGAGGAGAUGGAGUUUCGUGCCAUUCUGAGGUUGAGAUGUUUGAUCCAAUGCUUGGAAGGUGGAUCUACAAUCAGUCAAUGCUUCAUAAGCGAUUUGCUACUGCUGCAGUUGAACACAACAGAAUACUGUAUGCUGUAGGUGGAUACGAUGGGAAAGGUUACUUGACGUCAGUUGAAAGAUACGAUCCACGAGAAGGUUACUGGAGCAGGUCUGCGAGCAUGAAUCUCAAAAGGGGAUGCCACUCGUUGGCGGUCUUCAAAGACAAAAUCUAUGCCAUGGGAGGAUUCAAUGGGGAGACAAUGGUGUCGAGUGUUGAAAUUCUUGAUCCCCGACUCGGUUCAUGGAUGAUGGGAGAGCCAAUGAACGUCCCGAGAGGAUACACUGCCGCAGCUGUUCUAGGCGACGCUAUAUUCAUCAUCGGAGGUCUCCAAACCACCAAUGACAUUUGGGACACGGUGGAGUACUGGAAGGAAGGGAGCGGUUGGACCAUUUGCCAAUCCAAGACAUUGGGAAAGAGGUGCUUUUUAUCGGCCACCUCCGUGUAAAUAAUUAAGUCGAUCGAUCCCCUAGCUCUUUUGAAUCUUAUUAAGAACAUCUUCCUCUGGAAGUGAAGGGCCAUAGCGUUUCUUUUGGAGUGGGCAACGGGGAUAUGAGAAUGCUAAUUGUAGUCCAUACUGUGUAUCCUUUCAGGGCCAACUAACCAAAAUUAAGGUUGGUGAUGGUGGUCAUUACUUGUAAUGACUUUUCUAUCAAUAUAACUUGAAAUUGUCAUUAA